CGGAGCGCGGCUGUCACUUGGGCCGCUCCGCUGCUUGGGGCGGGGGGCGGAGGCGGGAGCACCGGCCCGGCCCGGCCCGGCGGAGUCGCGCUCCGGCAAGUGCUGCCUGGAGUUUGGCUCCCGCCAGGCGGAGCGGGCGGGCGCAGCCGGGCUGAGGGGCGCGGCGGCGGCUGAGGAGAGCGCGGCGCGGAGCCGGCGGCGGUAGUUGACUUCUGCUUUGGAAUUUGGGGCUGCUUUAUCUAAUGACACAUGAAGAGAUGCUCCCAGCCCUGCUGCUGUGUUACAAACAAGAAAGCUGGUGCAGCAGAGGUUUUUGGCACAACAGAAGCAAAUGGAAAUUCAAGCGAAGCUAACGGAGAGAAUGAGACUUGUCUGAAGAGUGUAAGUCACCCUGGAAGAAGCAGCUUCUCUCUGAGCUUCACCUGAGCAAGCCCAUCCUAGCAGGAGAAGGAUCCAUCAGCCUUCUUAGCUGUACAAUGGGGACUACUGGAGAUGACAUGGCUUCUGUGGAGCAGAAUGCCUCCUUGAACCCUCUGUGCUUUGAGUGUGGCCAGCAGCACUGGACAAGGGAGAACCACCUCUACAACUACCAGAAUGAAGUGGACGAUGACUUGGUCUGCCACAUUUGCCUUCAGCCCUUGUUGCAGCCAUUGGACACUCCUUGUGGACACACUUUCUGCUACAAGUGCCUAAGGAACUUUCUGCAGGAGAAGGAUUUCUGCCCACUAGAUCGAAAGAGACUGCAUUUUAAACUCUGCAAAAAAUCCAGCAUUCUUGUUCAUAAACUGUUAGACAAGCUAUUUGUUUUGUGCCCCUUCUCUUCUGUGUGUCAGGAAGUCAUGCAGCGAUGUGACCUGGCAGCACAUCUCAAAAACAGGUGUCCUGGCGCUUCUCACCGGAGGGUAGCUCUGGAGAGAAGGAAAACGAGCAGGCUGCAAGCAGAAGUGGAGGGAGAGAGUGGUCCUGGUGGGACGGAGCAGCCUGGCCGUGUGUCUCCGGAUGCAGAUCAGGGAGUAGUGCCAGCCGAGCAGAACUUCUCCUCACCUUCUCUUCCCUCAUGGACAGAUGAGCCCAGCAUCGACAAUCCAUCUUUUGAAGAGAACACAGUGGCAGACACAAAUCAACAGCCACCUACCUUGCCUGAAGGAGAGAUCACUACUAUUGAAAUUCAUCGAUCCAAUCCGUAUAUCGAAUUAGGAAUUAGCAUAGUGGGUGGCAAUGAAACGCCUUUGAUCAACAUCGUCAUUCAAGAGGUUUAUCGAGAUGGGAUCAUUGCCAGAGAUGGAAGACUUCUUGCUGGAGACCAGAUACUUCAAGUGAAUAGCUUUGACAUCAGCAACGUGUCCCACAACCAGGCCCGAGCGGUGCUGUCGCAGCCCUGCUCGGUGCUGCACCUGACGGUGCUGCGGGAGCGGCGCUUCGGGCCCCGCGCGCACGGCCAGGCGGACGGCGCCGGCUCCCUGCGGGAAGACAGCUUCCAAGUCACCCUGCACAAGCGCGACUCCAGCGAGCAGCUGGGCAUUAAACUUGUACGCAGAACAGAUGAGCCGGGAGUUUUUAUCCUCGACCUGUUGGAAGGGGGGUUGGCUGCUCAAGACGGCAGGCUCUGCAGCAAUGACCGAGUCCUUGCCAUCAAUGGACAUGACUUGAAGCACGGAACACCUGAGCUUGCUGCUCAGGUUAUACAGGCUAGUGGGGAGAGAGUGAAUUUGAUUGUCUCUAGAGCCCUGAAGUCACAGACCGUCAGUAUUAUCCGAGACACGGGGACUCACAAUAGCAACCCACACCAACACCAGUCCCAGCAGCUGUUUCACAGCAGACCCAACUCACAUAAGGAUCUCUCCCAGUGUGUUACAUGCCAAGAAAAGCACAUUACGGUGAAAAAAGAGCCCCUUGAAUCUCUGGGAAUGACAGUGGCAGGAGGCAGAGGCAGCAAAAGUGGCGAGCUGCCCAUCUUUGUGACCAGCGUGCAGCCGCACGGGUGUUUGGCAAGAGACGGCAGGAUUAAACGAGGUGAUGUGCUGCUGAACAUCAAUGGCAUUGAUUUGACUAACCUAAGUCACAGUGAGGCAGUGGCCAUGCUGAAAGCUAGUGCUGCCUCUUCGGUGGUCGCCCUGAAAGCCCUGGAAGUCCAGAUUGUAGAAGAACAGCCCCAGGCUAAUGAAGAGCAAUUGAGUACCAUCAGUGAAAAUGAGUAUGAUGCCAGCUGGUCACCAUCAUGGGUCAUGUGGCUGGGACUUCCAAGCUGCCUACAUAGCUGCCACGACGUCGUGCUGCGGCGGAGCAAUUUAGGGAGCUGGGGUUUCAGCAUUGUCGGUGGCUACGAGGAGAACCACACCAACCAGCCUUUCUUCAUUAAAACAAUUGUUCUUGGAACUCCUGCAUACUUUGAUGGAAGAUUAAAGUGUGGUGAUAUGAUUGUUGCUGUAAAUGGACUGUCUACAGUUGGAAUGAGCCAUUCUGCACUGGUUCCCAUGCUGAAGGAGCAGAGGAACAAAGUGACUUUAACGGUGAUUUGCUGGCCUGGAAGCCUCAUAUAGAUUUGUGAAUCACUUCAGCUGAAGCAGCUUCUUUUUCUAGGUAGCUGGCAAAAAAAGUCUCCUCUUAUCCUCUUAUCUUUUUUUCCCUAUUGAUACAGCUGGUUAUAAGCAGGGCCAAAACUGCUGUAUUUUCUUUUUUUUUUUUUUUAAUGAGCCUCUCAGAUUCACUCGGUAUGUCUUUCCAUCCUGAAAUAGCCAUUUCUGUUUGCUGUAUCCAUUGCUGAUGCAAGUGCAAAUAUACAUGAGCUCACAGAGAAAUUCCCACUCCAAUAUGGCUGUCAUGGAGCUUUCCCCAUCAGGCUUGGAGAGUCAGCAGAAGAACUCAGUGGUUCUUUGGGUGUCUCUGCACAGUCCUCAAGUUGUGUGUGAUAGAUAAACAUAAUAGCCUGGUGCCCAUUCUUCCCUGCAAAGAGAACAUGCAUCAGUAUGGCAGUGAAACAUCUGGCUGCUACUAUAAAUGAAAAUCUGUUUCCAAAGGUAUGUCUCUUCGUUUUGUAAGCCUUUCCAUUUUUGAGUCAAUAUUUCAGACUGAUUCCAGAAAUCCAUCUUAUUCCUCAGAAGUUACUUGAUCCCCCAAAUUUUUCUUGCAGGGCAUCAGAGUUCAUAGCAAAGUAGGACAAAAGCCUGAUAUUACUGGAAUUUUUAUGAAGUGCAAUAACUGGACUCUUUGUUAGGAAACUUUAAUACGUUUAGAGUUUGUAUCCUAUAAUGACAAGAAAUAUGGAGGUAAUUACUGUUGCAACGCUGGCAAGAAUACACGUGCCCGAGGUCGCUUUUGAGUGAAUGACUUGCAGUAUUAGACUUGAGUUUACAAAUUAAUGUUUUGCUAUGUCGGAGAAUUUUGAUGAACAUUUUUACAAAAAUCAUUUUUACUGUUUCUAUUGUAGUUGUCGGCUCUCUUUACUCAUGUAUGGAAUCAAUAAUUUAACUUGUACUUUCUAAAUGAGAGCAUUAUUUCCAGGGGAAAAAAAAAAAAAAAAGCAAGCUAUUAAGAAAACAUAGGUUAUGGUUUACAGGUAUGCAGGCUGGAAGGAAAGCUCUUUGAAUUCAAGUCCAACUGCAAAGUAAGCUGCAAAGUUCACUCUUAUUCUGUCAUCUGACAAAUGUGCAAAUGCCUUGAUAUCAAAUGCUGAAACGAUCUCCUGUAUUUCAGGAUAUUUUUCCUUUAGAGAGGACCUGCUAUUAAGUUGUCAGUAAGAGUAAUACUAUUUAUCUUGGAUUGUAUUUAGUAUUUUUACAAAUGAACCUGUAACUUCUAGACUUUGCCUUUCCAUUAUACCUGCAGGCUAAGCACCCAUUUGUUUAAGAAAAGCAGGGUGGAGCGCAGAAAGAAGUGUGCUGACCUGGAGCAAACCCUGAGUGUAGUCAGUGUUCUACAUAUUUGAAAAAGAGCUUCAUUUAUAAACCAGGUUCCCAACCUGAACUGAUUUUAUGAAUGACCUCUGUAUUGUAUUAUUAAUUACCAGAGAAUGUAUUUGAGAAUCACAGCAUAUUUCAAUUAUGAAGCAUGAAUUUUGUUUUCAGACCAAACCGAUGUAAUAUCAGGGCAUAUUAUUGCAUGUCAUUAACUCCAGUAGCUUUGUUUUCAAAAGAAAUAAAGUUCUCUUUUGCAAAAAAAAUUGUUAAAAUCUUAUAUGAAUGGAGUGAUUUUAUUCCUCUCUGUAAUGUACGCUGUCAAUUUAAUUUCAUAAUAUUAAAAUACAAAAGAAUGUCCUCUACAGUAUAUUACUGUACUGAGGAUCUUUCUGAAGCAAACACCAAACUUUUUUGAUAGUCUGAUUUGAGAACAAGUUUCCUCCCAUCCCCAGAUGAUGUUUAACUCUCUACUUUGCUCUUAAUGCAGGUUUUUUUCUAAAGUACACCUUUGAGUAGACUUUAGGGAUGAUUUUGACAUACGUACUAGAUUUAGUGUUUUUUAAUUAUUAUUUUUAAAGUUACAAUUUUCAUUCAAAACUGCAGAAAUCAGAAUUUUAGGGUUCCUUGUUUUUUUUUUCUUUUAUAUGUGUGUGUAACAAAAGAGUGGGUUAGCUUAAACUGUGUGGUUUUGUUUCUGUGUGCUGUAGCUUUUGAUCAGAAAGUCUAGCGAUAAAACUGUUCUGAAUUAUUUCCCUUCCUGAAUAAUUUUUCCUCUUUAUCUUGUAGCUGCGUAGUUGGGUUUGGUUUUCUGUGCCUUCUGUUUGAAAUUAUUUCAAGACAUUUUUUUCCAGAUAUUGCUAUCUAAUUGUAUGGUAUUAAUGAAGGAUGAAUGAAAAUAAAAGUUCAUUCUACCCAUUGUGAUAA